AUGGUGAACGUCAACUCCUGGAACGAAACAGAGCUGGACGUCCUCGUUCAAGCGUGGAGCGAGGUGGAGGCCAAAUAUCCAUUGAUGCGUGGCUCCCGUAAUGCUCACACGCUGCACGCGAAGUUGUACGCGUUGUUCUCGAAGCGGAGCAAGUUUACUCGGACGCCGACGGCACUGGAGCGUGUCAAGUAUCGCCUCCGCAAUUUCGCGUUGUUCGUGAAAAAGUUUGACGAGGGCCGUCGGAAAGAUGGAGGAAGGCUCUGGUUUGACCUCAGCGUUGACGAGCGAGAGCAGCGCAGGAAGAUGCUGCCCUCGAAAAUCCGCGGAUUGACGUCGAGCGUCAGUCGAAAGGCGUUCGCCACACUGCUGACGAUGGAGCGAGCUCAGAGGUGGUUGGAGACCGCCCCUACCGACAGCGAGCAACACGAAGGCGCCCAAGACACUGAAAUGAGCACAAGCUUUCUCUCCUCGCUGCCGUCAUCGCCUCACCUUGGGCCACCGACUGCAACGCCAAAGGACCAAGACGCUGAAGAAGAUGAGUUUUCGUCUCUGUUCGAGUCUACCAGCCCAAGUACUGGACUGCGUGAUAGAGGGCUGGAAGAGGGUGAAACACCCAGCGAAGGCAGCUCGAGCAGCCCGAUGUCGACUUUGGACGAAGAUGAAUCAUCUUUUAAGUACACCAUUGGCAAGACUUGGGCGUCGACGGUGGUGAACGGCAAGCGCGAUCAAGAACCGCAACGCACUCUCAAGCACCGGGAGUGCAACGUCCUCCUCGAAAACAUGGUCAAGCUGCAAAACAACAAAAUGCGUCGAGCAGUGAAGAAGUUGCGAGCGGACAUUGAAGGCGAAAUCCAGCGCAGCUCCGAGAUGUUGCGCUCUAUCAGCAGCAACCAGCCUGACGAGGAGGAAAGCGAGGAUGCCCCCUUCGUGUCUAAAGUGCUGGAUAUGCAACUGCAGCAAGUGCAGGACCGCUUUGACCAGUUCGAGGAGAAACAAAACAGCGAAGAAGCUGCCAACCGCACGCUGCUCAGCCGAGGCUUUCAAUGA